GUCAAUAGUUUAGAUGUGGAUAGAUAAUCGACUGUCCCAAGCGCAUGGACACAUGGACAAUCUUACCCUUAACCAACACCAUCCGGUGCUAAUUAUGCUAGCUUAGCUUGAUUUACAAACGCUAACGGAACUGGCUCUACAGCCCAAACGAAACCCCUCAACCCUACCGAUCCUUCCCUUCUCUCCCCUCCUGGUCUGCCAACAACAUUCGCGUCCUCGAAUCGGCGGCAAUAUCCGCUGAUUGAACGUCUCGAAUUCUUUUCCUGACUUUUGGGGCGCGUAUGGCUCCACACGGCAGCCAUCUAUUCCCUACUGAAGUCCAUCAGCAUUGCAAACUUCUCACUGUGUCCCCCCCCAGGCCACCGAUAGAAGUCAAGCGCUGGCAGAGAGAAGGGCGGAAGAGCCAGAUUCACCUGGCGAUAGCCACCUGGCUUGCCCAGGUCCCGAUUGUCCACGCAGCGGAUAUGCAACCUUCUCACCUUGCAUCUAUCGUUAGUCAGGAGGGCAUACUUGUACUUGUAUCGGCCGUCGUGAGCAGUGAGGUGGCUCGCAAUGAAUUUGUGCACCAUCGGCGUGGGCAGGUGCUGCAACACAUCCUUACACAUCAACAGCUGCAACAGAAAGAAGCCGGAAAGAGAGCUUAUGUGCGGAAGUGGUCUUCUUUUGUCGGUCCUUUACGUCUGCAGGAGGCAGAUUGUCCUUUUCCAAGAUGCUCCUAGCAUGGAAAGUCCUGUUGUGGCUGCCGUACAGCUCCUGAUUGCGCGCAAUGACGGACGGCACCACAUCCACACCUAUGUAUUCCUCUACCGGACGCCAAUCGACGAAUUGUGUCCACUCCCUGCAAUGCAAUGCACAUAGACGUGCAUGGCGGGCGGGGCUCUGUCUGUCUGUCUCUGUCCGACCAGUCCCCACAUCCUGCAUCAACGAUGGAUCUGAUGUUUCGCUGUCGCAGAAAGUCCUCCAGCAAGAGGCGAAAGUUGUCUGUUGACUCCUUGGUGCUGCCCCCGCCACUGUGCCCCCUCCCAUCCUUGUUUCUCCCCCAUACGGCCGAGCUGUAGAUUGACGAGAAGGCGGCACGCAGCGCAUUGGUCUCCUCCGGAUUGAUGGUGGCUUGUUCUCUUUCACUUGUGGCUUUUUCUCUCCCACUUGUUCCGUCUCCCACAUGCUGCUGCUGCUGUCGGCAGACGGAACAAGUGAACGAGAGAGAAACAAGUGAACGAGAGAGGCACACCAUACCUUACGUUAUUCAUGUCCUGAUUACUGGGUUCCACUCGCAUCAAACGGCUGCAAUUACCGUUGCACCUGGCUCACAUUUUCGGGUAGAUGAAGAAGGGGCUCCCAAAUGUGAGCUGCCCACCUGAUAGCGCUAAGGCUCUUCUUGAGUUGCGAUAAGUCCCCUUGCCACUGCCAUCUCGGCAGAAAUACCCCGAUGUUUGCGAGCAGGAAGAGAAGCAGCACUGACAUAGAUGACACGUGACGGCGUGCAGCCGUGGUCUGAUUUACUUCCUCUCCCCGUACCACUCCCAAUGCACAUGGCCCAUCUUCGGCUGCCCACCCAGUGAGUGGGUGGGGAUGCGGGGACCGAAACACGCGACAUUCGGGCCCACGGGCGGCGAAUUUCUACCGGAAGAAAUUGGGGAUAACCAAGGCGACUACCGACUGACGAUCCUGAUCCGCGAAUUGAGCUAGUGCCCAAUUUGCGUCUUUAUGAAACAACGCGUGCGGUCAGACAAAACGUUCGAUCACGAUCGCAUGGAAAUGAAAUGGAAAAACGGUAGCGGUGAUGUGUUGCUUGCAGUAGUACAGACACUUCAAUAUGUCGAGAAGCUUCGUGUUUUCUUGUCACGCUUUC